AUGGCCUCUCCUCUCCCCCUCACUCCUCUCCCUUCCUCGCCUGCUGUGUACCAGGGUACGCCCUUCAUGGCCUCUCCUCUCCUCAUCCCUCCUCUCCUCUCCCCUCCUCGCCCGCUGUGUACCAGGCAUCCAGACCCCAACACUGUGCAGCAUCCAGACCCCAACACUGUGCAGCAUCUAGACCCCAACACUGUGCAGCAUCUAGACCCCAACACUGUGCAUCAUCUAGACCCCAACACUGUGCAGCAUCUAGACCCCAACACUGUGCAGCAUCUAGACCCCAACACUGCAGCAUCCAGACCCCAACACUGUGCAGCAUCCAGACCCCAACACUGCAGCAUCCAGACCCCAACACUGUGCAGCAUCCAGACCCCAACACUGCAGCAUCCAGACCCCAACACUGUGCAGCAUCCAGACCCCCAACACUGUGCAGCAUCCAGACCCCAACACUGGGCAGCAUCCAGACCCCAACACUGUGCAGCAUCCAGACCCCAACACUGCAGCAUCCAGACCCCAACACUGCAGCAUCUAGACCCCAACACUGUGCAGCAUCCAGACCCCAACACUGCAGCAUCCAGACCCCAACACUGCAGCAUCCAGACCCCAACACUGUGCAGCAUCCAGACCCCAACACUGCAGCAUCCAGACCCCAACACUGUGCAGCAUCCAGACCCCAACACUGCAGCAUCCAGACCCCAACACUGCAGCAUCCAGACCCCAACACUGCAGCAUCCAGACCCCAACACUGUGCAGCAUCCAGACCCCAACACUGUGCAGCAUCUAGACCCCAACACUGUGCAGCAUCUAGACCCCAACACUGCAGCAUCCAGACCCCAACACUGCAGCAUCCAGACCCCAACACUGCAGCAUCCAGACCCCAACACUGCAGCAUUCAGACCCCAACACUGUGCAGCAUCUAGACCCCAACACUGUGCAGCCUCAAUUGUGGAAGAGACUCCAUGUGGUGACACAGGCAGUUUCUCCGACAGCACCUGUAGCCAGGGGCCCUACCAGAGCAGCUCUGAUCACCGCUACAGCAGUGACCCCGGCCCACCGGACCCCCGAUCACAACACCACCCCCAGGGCCCCCCGGUGGCCCCCCCCAGUCCUGCCUCACUGGCCUGGGCCCAGAGGACCCGGCACCAGCCUGCCAGCCUGGCGCUCCGAAAGCAGGAGGAGGAGGACAACAAGCGCUGCAAAGCCCUGUCCGACAGCUAUGAGCUCUCCACAGAUCUACAGGACAAGAAGGUGGAGAUGCUGGAGAGGAAGUAUGGCGGUUACUUCCUGAGUCGGCGGGCGGCGCGCACCAUCCAGACGGCGUUCCGUCAGUACCGCAUGAACAAGAACUUUGAGCGGCUGAGAAGCUCCGCCUCCGAGAGCAGGAUGACUCGGCGCAUCAUCCUGUCCAACAUGAGACUGCAGUACUCGUUUGACGAGCGGCAGGGCCAGGGCCAGCCCCAGGGACAGGGCCAGCCCCAGGGACAGGGCCAGCCCCAGGGACAGGGCCAGCCCCAGGGGCAGGGGGGACAGCGGUACCCCAACCCUGGAAGGGGGCAGCCCGUGGAUGGAGAGAUGGAGGCUGGGUCUCCUCCACUGUGCCAGGGGGACAUAGAAGAGUACACACACCUGGAUGAGACCUUCUCCAAACAGGUGAAGUCCCUGGCCGACUCCAUCGAUGACGUCUUGACCUGUCAGUCUGGUGAAGACCUUCAGGAGGAAGAGGAGGAGGAGGAAGAAGAGGAGGAAGAAAGACAGAGCAUGCACGAGGACAGCAUAGCCACAUCCUACAGCGACGUGACACUCUACAUUGAUGACCCCUCCUCGCCCUUGUCCCUGGACCGCGGCCCUAGCAGCACCGACACAGAAUACUGGAGCCCUGGAGUAGGUGGCGUUGGGGUGGGGGGGCGCGAAGACAGCCGGGACACAGAGGGAGGGGGCAGCGGUAACAGCCGACGCAGCACCCCCUGUACAGAGUGUAGAGACUACAGCCUAAGAGGAGCUCACCUGCCCCUGCUGACCAUCGAUCCCCCUAGCGACAGCUCUGUUGAUAUGAGUGACCGCUCGGAUAGAGGUUCGAUAGGUAGACUGGUCUACGAGACAGAGCCAGGGGGAGGGAGGUCGCCUCACGGCACCAUUAAACACAACCCCCACCCAAACCCCCACCCCAACCCCAACGGGCGCUCUCACCCCCACCACCCAUACCCCGACACUCCCUCUUCGUCCUCCCAGUCCCCGCAGGGACAACCCCUCACCCCUCUGUCUUCCUCCUCAUCCACCACACUGCCCCCUGGUGGCCUGGAGCAGGUCUGCUGUUCUGACGGAGACAACGACUCACUCAACUCCACCACCAACUCUAACGACACCAUCAACUGCUCCUCCGGGUCCUCAUCACGCGACAGCCUCCGGGAGCCCCUCCCACCUCUCGGGAAACAGACCUAUCAGAGAGAGAGCAGACAAAGCUGGGAUAGCCCCGCCUUUAACAACGACGUGGUGCAGAGACGACAGUACCGCAUCGGACUCAAUCUGUUCAACAAGAAGCCAGAGAAGGGUAUACAGUACCUGAUAGAGAGAGGCUUCGUAUCGGACACACCGGUAGGCAUCGCCCGCUUCAUCCUGGAGAGGAAAGGACUGAGUAGACAGAUGAUAGGAGAGUUCCUGGGCUGCAGGCAGAAACAGUUCAACAAGGACGUACUGGAUUGUGUGGUAGAUGAGUUGGACUUCUCAGGGAUGGAUCUGGAUGAUGCCCUCAGGAAGUUCCAGGCUCAGAUUAAAGUCCAGGGGGAGGCCCAGAAGGUGGAGAGACUGAUAGAGGCUUUCAGUCAGCGGUACUGUGUGUGUAACCCGGUGCUGAUCCGACAGUUCCAGAACCCUGACACCAUCUUCAUCCUGGCUUUUGCCAUCAUCCUCCUCAACACAGACAUGUACUCUCCCAACGUCAAGCCAGAGAAGAAGAUGAAGCUGGAGGACUUCAUCAAGAACCUCAGAGGAGUGGAUAACGGUCAGGACAUACCCAGAGACCUGUUAGUAGGAAUCUACCAUCGGAUAGAGAAGUGGGAGCUACGCACCAACGAUGACCACGUGUCUCAAGUACAGGCUGUGGAGAGGGUGGUAGUGGGCAAGAAGCCCGUCCUCUCGCUGCCACACCGCAGAUUGGUGUGUUGCUGCCAGCUGUACGAGGUGCCUGACCCUAACAGAAGCCAGAGGACUGGAGUCCACCAGAGAGAAGUCUUCCUCUUCAACGACCUGCUCGUGAUAACCAAGAUUUUCCAGAAGAGGAAGACCUCUGUGACAUACAGCUUCAGACAGUCCUUCCCCCUGGUCGAGAUGCAGGUCCACAUGUUCCAGAACCAGCACUAUUCCCACGGUAUCCGUCUGACGUCGGCCAACCCCGGCGGGGAGAGGAAGGUUCUGAUCGUGUUUAACGCUCCGAGUCAGCAGGACAGAACACGCUUCACCUCCGACCUGAGAGAGAGCAUCACUGAGGUGACGGAGAUGGAGAAAUACAGGGUGGAGUCGGAGUUGGAGAAGCAGAAAGGGGUGGUGAGACCUGUUGUGGGCGGGGCUAGCGGUGGUGGUCUGGGCGGUGGCUUGAAGGGCGAGGCGGUGAAUGGCACUCUGGGUCGACCCAGUCUGGAUGACAGCUAUGCUUCCGCAGACGGACUCAAACGUACCGCGCUCAGCUCAUCACUGAGAGACCUAUCAGACACAGGGAAGCGGGGCCGCCGAAACAGUGCCGGCUCCUUGGACAGUACAAUGGAAGGCUCCAUCAUUAGCAGUCCCAGGCCUCACCAACACCCAGACAUGGCUGGAGGUGUAAUGCCCCCCGGCUGCUAUGACAUCCAAGACUACCGGCCUCACCGCCCCAUCCUGAGCCCCGGAACGGGGGUGGGGGGUGGGCCGGGGCUAAAUCAUCACACCGCUACUGGGACGACGGCACUGGGUCCCAGCAGCGGAGACCGAGGGGGGACGGGAGCCCUGGGGAGCGGGUCUGGAGGGGGAGGGGGCAGUGGAGGCUCCUUCCUGGGUUCCCUGUUCGGGAGCAAGCGCUCCAACACCAAGCCCCCUGGUCCUCUCCUCCCUCUCCUCCCACCUGGGCUGCCACACUACCCUGCACCUGUCCCCCCGCCCACCACCGGCGGCCCGCCCCCACACUCCCCCUCCUCCCUCACCCACUCCGACCCAGGAGGGCCCUCCAAAAUCCAGGCCCUGCAUGCCCAAUAUUGCUACAACAAUACCGCAGGGCAGCAGCCUCCUCCGCCCUACCACCACCACCACCGCUACCACGCCCAGACAGGGCCCGCUCCCAGCCAGCCGUCCUCCACCGCCCAUGGGGCCCCUGGGCCUCAUAUCCUCCACAGGGGCCCCAUGGUAGGGGUCCCCAAGAGGCCGGACCCCGGUCCCGCUCCCUCCCACCCCCAGCUCCAACAGUUGUCCCAGGUUCAGCUGGCCCAGCUGCAGCAGCAUGGUGUACAGGGGGGUUGCUAUACCAACAUGGGGGUUUCUAUGGGGGUAGGCUGCCCCACUCCACCCCUUUCACCUCACCCCCCUCGCUCCCCGGGGCCCGCACCCCUUACCCUCUACCACACAUACUCCACACACGGUCGGGGAGGAGGAGGAGGCGCCAAGCUCCCUCUUACUCUCUCACACUCGCAACCCCACCCUCACGCCCACACCCACGCCCCUCAUCGUACCGCUCUUACCCACAACCACAGCCCCCAUCCCGGCCUGUCCCUCAGCCCCCAUCCCGGCCUUUCCCACAGCCCCCAUCCCGCUCAACACCCCAAGCACCAGACUCACUUCAUCUUCGCUGCACCGCCGCCUCAGACACCCGUCGCCCGGCACAUCCCCCAGGCCGCCGCCCACGGCCAAUACCACCCUCAAUACCCCCCGCUCUCCUCCAUACCACCUCCCCCUUCACACUCCCCUUUACCCCCCCCUUCCUCCCCCAAUACCCCACUUACCCCUAUCUCCCCUUACACCCACCCCCUCCAGCAGCAGCCCGGCCAGCACCAGGGAGGCCAGCACCAGGGAGGGCAGCAGGGGUCUGGCGGGGGCAACAGCAGCACGGGGACGGGCAGCACCACCAGCUCCAAGUCCAAGCCUAUCAACCGCAUCAGCACGGUGGUGUGA